CGUGAAAUUUUAGGUUAAGUUGUAAUUGAAUUUCGAAGGAAAAUUUAGUCAUAAAAGUCCAAAAAAUGGAAAAGAUCUGUAAAACUAGUGUGGAAAGAUAAAGUCUUAAUAUCAGUAGCUACAGUUACCUACUUGCCAUGUUUGAUUGUGUAUAAGUACUCGUUAUGAGGUUCCCAUUGUGCCUUUUAGAUUAUUUGGACUCCCAAAGUAUAUGAUUACAUAAGGGAUUUAUUCAUGAUAGUGUCACUGAUAUGAUCCAUUCACUUUGUGAUCGAAAAGUUAAAAUUAUUCUAUUUCAGAUCAUGGCUCCAUUCAAUAUUACAAACCUUAACUCGGACAACAUUCACGUCUUAGAUGGAGGAUUUGCCACUCAACUUGGAUGUCACAUUGUGGAUCACAUCGAUGGUGAUCCACUUUGGAGCGCAAGAUUUUUAAAAACGCAGCCGCAGGCAGUAAUUGACACACAUCUAGAUUUUCUUAGAGCCGGUGCCGACGUGAUUAUGACCAACACCUACCAAGCUAGCAUCCCCGGGUUUCAGAAGUAUCUAAAUUUGUCAGCAGAAGAAGGAUACGAUCUAAUCAAGGAAGCGGUCAACUAUGCCAAAAUUGCGUGUGAUAGGUUUCAAGAGGAGUUUUCCGAUAACUCAAGACUGCCACUCAUUGUGGGAUCUGUGGGACCAUACGGGGCAUCCUUGCAUGACGGCUCCGAAUAUACGGGGGCCUAUGGUGCUACAACUCCAAUAGAAGUGAUGAGAGAAUGGCAUAGACCAAGAAUUCAAGCGUUGGUGGAUGCUGGCAUUCGCAUGCUUGGUAUUGAAACAAUUCCGUGUUGUGUCGAGGCUGAAAUGCUCGUGGAAUUAAUUAAGGAGUAUCCAGAUGUUAAAGCUUGGGUCGCCUUUAGUUGUAACCAUGAUGGAAAAUGUCUAGUAAAUGGAGAUAAUUUCCAGAAGGCUGCAAGAAAAUGUUACGACCUUAACCCCGAACAAAUUGUAGCUGUGGGAGUCAACUGCUUGGCACCCAAAUUAGUCGAAUCACUCUUUAAAGACUUUAACGUAAAUCGUCCCAAAAAUCCAGUGCCAUUAAUUGUUUAUCCAAACAGCGGCGAAACUUACAGUGUCGAUUUAGGAGAUAGGUGGAUAAAUCGUGAUAAAUGCGAAUCAUUAGUGUCGUAUAUCCCGAAAUGGCUGGAUUUGGGUGCGACGUGGGUAGGUGGCUGCUGCCGCACGUAUGCGUCUGACAUUACUAGGAUAAAGAGCGAAGUUAUGAAGUGGCAACAUGCCCAAGAGCAAAACCGAAUAACAGAAAAUGGAUCACACAAAAAUAACACUAACCACCUAUGAUAAAUCUUUUAAUUUUACCUGUUAUGUACUUUGCAUCAAAUUUUAUAAAUAAAAAUCUAUUGUGUAA